AUGUCCUCACCAGUGGAAGAAACUACUCCAACAAACCAUAUAAAAGCAGUAUCCGAAAAUGCGGAUAACAGUAACACAGUAAUUCGGGAACCGGAAGAAGAGGAGGAGGAGGAAGACAUUGGCUCGGAGAAUAAGAAAAACAAAUCAAAAUCAUCAUCCUCACUGGCUAUAAUUUUCCGUCGCAUUUUCAAUAUCCUCAAUUGGGUCCCGCCGUCAUGUCGAUACGAUCCUGAGAAUCCGCGAGAAUUUACGUUGGCGUUGAAUCUGUUGUUUGGGUUUGCGGCGACUUUUACUGUCGCGAAUUUAUACUACUCGCACCCAAUCCUGGACGUGCUCGCCAAAGAUUUCAAUGUCUCUCAAGAACGAGCCAGUAUUAUACCGACAUGUGCCCAAGGCGGAUAUGCGGCUGGUUUAUUGUUCAUAUGUCCCCUGGGUGACCUGAUAAAGCGUCGAGGGAUGUUGUUGUGGCUGACGUUUCUUACGGCGACGAUGACGUUGGGUCUGUGUUUGACGAAGAGUUUUGAUGCGUUUGUGGUGAUAUCUUUUAUUAUGAGUAUUACGACUGUUACACCGCAAGUCAUGUUACCGCUCGUGGGCACACUUGCACCACCGAAUAAACGUGCCACGGCUCUGUCUAUUGUUGUCUCUGGAUUGAUGCUGGGCCUGCUGCUUGCACGUUUAUUGUCUGGUAUCACUGCCAAUUACUCUUCCUGGCGAAACGUGUACUGGAUGUCCCUGGCGCUGCAAUACGCGAUUCUGGUCUUGCUCUGGAUGUGGAUGCCGGAUUAUCCUCAAUCAAACAAGAAUAUCAGCUAUUUCCGAAUACUAUUCAGUAUUCUGGAGCUCCUGGUCAAACAUCCCGUGCUUGUUCAAGCAUCGAUCAUCGCAUUCCUCAACUCGUCAUGUUUCACAUCUUUCUGGACGACGCUUACUUUCUUGCUCUCUGGUGAUCCGUACCACUACUCAACCGUGAUUAUUGGUUUCUUCGCCCUGGCCGGCAUAGGACCAAUGCUCUUCGGCCCACUUUUCGCAAACCGAUUCAUCGACCGUUUUCCCAUCCACGUUUCUGUUCUUGUCGGAAUAUGUCUUGCCCUUGUAGGCAUUGUCGUGGGCACAUAUACCGGCAAACACACCGUAGCGGGUCCCAUCAUCCAAGCCAUUCUUUUCGACUUUGGGGCCCAAAUCACGCAGAUCGCCAAUCGAACUGCUAUAUAUGGCGUGGCGCCCAAAGCUGCUAGUCGUGUGAAUACGGCGUUUAUGGUGUUUUCGUUUUGUGGCCAACUAACAGGGACCGCCGUGGGGAAUAAGUUGUAUGCUCAAGGGGGGUGGAUAAGGUCGGGGAGUGCGAGCGUUGGGUUUAUGGGAGGGGCGACUAUUGUAUUGUUGUUGAGGGGGCCGAAGGAGACAAGAUGGUUUGGGUGGAGGGGAGGGUUUGGUCCGUAUAGGAGGGAUAUUGUUGCAGGGAAGAACGGGAAUGAUGUGGAGAAGCAGCAGCAGCAGCAGCAGCAGCAGCAGCAAAAGUUAUCGUCGAGGAAUGAUUCGCGGGUUGUGCAGAGUGAUUCGGAGAAGACCGUUGUUGAUGGUGAUGCGGGAGAGAUUGCGCAAACUCAAGCCUCGAGAUCAGGAACUCAUCAAAGAUACGAAGAGAAGGGGAAUGACCAAAUGGAGAUAAGCAAAGAGAAGAACGUGGAAGGGACAGAGGUGAAGAUUUGA